AAAUCUAACUUCAGGACUUUGCGCUUGCCAGGCAGGCUCUCAUGCGGCUGAGCUACAUCCCUGACCCUAUAGGGUUCUUUUGAGUGAUUCUCAAUUCCUUCCCGCACGCAAACUUUAGAAUUUCCCACGCAUAAAACAACGCCCCACAUUCUCCAGCCUGGGUAACCGCUCUGUGACAACACCCUCUGUCUAGUCACAACCCCGCCCCCGCGUACGUCACGGUGGGCCCAGCGUUCCUAGUUGGCCCAGCGGCGGGACUUCCUUCCCAGCAAUAAGCGGAGGGGCGCACUCGGUGAGAGAUGAGCGACUGGAAGGGCUUCAUCAGCGGCGUGCUGCGGGACCAGAGCAUCGACGACGUGGCCAUCGUGGGCCACUCGGACAAUCGUUGCGUGUGGGCAUCGCGGCCGGGGGGCCUACUGGCUGCCAUCUCCCCGCAGGAGGUUGGCGUGCUCACGGGGCCCGACCGGCAAACCUUCCUGCAGACUGGCCUGAGCUUGGCGGGCCGCCGCUGCUGUGUCAUCCGUGACUACCUACUGGCCAAAGGGGACGGCGUGCUGGACGCGCGCACCAAGGGCCCAGACGGGCGCGCCCUCUGCGUUGGCCACACGCCGCGCGCGCUUCUCGUGCUCAUGGGUCGGCGUGGCGUGCACGGGGGUAUGCUCAAUAAGAAGAUGCAUGAGCUGAUCUGCGGGCUGUGCAAGCAGGGCAUGUAGCGUGACAGUCAGGCCACCCACGGUGGCAGCGAGACCAGAAUAAACUGUGAACUGGG